AUGGCCACAUUAGGUCGCAUGAAGCAUGGAGCUUCAAGCUUGUCGAUGAUUCGUUCUGACAAGGGAAUUGGCUUUUUUGGCAAGCAGUAUACUGGCAUUAGAGGCUAUGCCAGUCGUGCAGCGUUUGUCACACCUCCCUACCAAAAACUCGUUGAAAAGCUUGAACGUGUUCGGAAGAUUUUUCCUAAUGAAAAACUCACUUUAGCUGAAAAGGUUUUAUAUGCACACUUGACGAAUCCCGAGGAAAGCUUUUCCGGUGUUUCUCCUUCGCAAAUUCGCGGCUCUUUGUAUUUGAAGUUGAAUCCCGAUCGCGUCGCCAUGCAAGAUGCAUCGGCCCAAAUGGCAUUACUUCAGUUUAUGACAUGUGGUCUUGACCGUACAUUAAUUCCCUCUAGUAUUCACUGCGACCACUUGAUUGUCGGUCAUCGCGGUGCAAAUAGUGAUAUUCCCGAUAGCAUUGCCAAUAAUAAAGAAAUUUUUGAUUUCCUUCAAAGUGCCGCAAAAAGAUACGGUAUACAAUUUUGGGGUCCUGGAAGUGGUAUUAUUCAUCAAAUCGUUUUGGAAAAUUACGCUGCUCCGGGUGGAAUGAUGCUGGGAACAGAUUCUCACACACCCAAUGCUGGUGGUUUGGGUACGGUUGCCAUUGGCGUUGGUGGUGCCGAUGCCGUGGAUGCCAUGACCAAUACUCCUUGGGAGUUGAAGGCACCUAAAGUUAUUGGUGUACAUCUCAAGGGCGCUUUGUCUGGCUGGGCUACCCCCAAAGAUCUUAUUCUUCAUUUAGCUGGAAAACUUACUGUUCGUGGUGGUACUGGUCAUAUUAUUGAAUACUUUGGUCCUGGUGUUGAAUCUCUCUCGUGUACAGGAAUGGCUACUGUAUGCAAUAUGGGUGCCGAGGUGGGCGCAACUACUUCUUUAUUCCCAUAUACCGAAUCGAUGAAGCGUUAUUUAGAAGCCACUCAUCGUGCAGAAGUUGCCAAUGCAGCUGCAAAUGUCCAUCAACAACACAAUUACUUGGCUGCUGAUGCAGGUGCUAAGUAUGAUGAGAUUGUUGAAGUUAAUCUUUCUGAACUUACCCCCUCUUUCAAUGGCCCUUUUACUCCUGAUUUGAACACUCCCCUCGAAAAAUUCAGCAAAGCUAUUGAAACGAACAAUUGGCCCAAAAAGGUCUCUGCUGGUCUUAUCGGAUCUUGCACCAACUCCUCUUACCAAGAUAUGUCCACUGUUGUUGACGUCGUGGAACAAGCUACAAAAGCCGGUUUGAAGCCACAAGUACCUUUCUUAGUUACUCCUGGCAGUGAACAAAUUCGUGCAACUAUUGAACGUGACGGUAUCACAAAGCGUUUAGAAGAUGCUGGUGCUGUCGUUCUUGCUAAUGCAUGCGGUCCUUGUAUAGGUAUGUGGAAGCGUGAUGAUAAGGUAUCUACAGAAGAACCAAACGCUAUUUUGACUAGCUUCAACCGUAACUUCCGUUCUCGUAAUGAUGGUAACCCAUCUACCAUGAACUUUUUGACUAGCCCUGUCAUCGUCGCUGCUAAGAUCUUCUCCUCAGACCUUGCAUUUGAUCCUGCCCGUGAUGUCCUUCAGACUCCAGAUGGCAAACCUUUCAAGUUCACUCCGCCUACCGGUAUUGAACUUCCUCCAUCUGGUUUUACUGCUGGUGAUACUUCGUACAUUCCCGAUCUUAACCCAGAACCUCAACCUGAAACCGAAGUAACAAUCGAUCCUAAGUCUACACGUUUGGAGGCCCUCAAACCUUUUGAUGCUUACAAAGGUGGAGAGAUGGAUAACUUAAAGGUUGCCAUAAAGGUUAAGGGAAAAUGUACAACAGAUCACAUCUCUGCUGCUGGUAAAUGGUUGAAGUAUAAGGGACAUUUGAGUAACAUCUGUAACAAUACUCUCAUUGGUGCUGUUAAUGCUGCUACUGGUGAGGUUAACGUAGCAUAUGAUAAGGGAGAAGGCAUGAGUAUUCCUGAAUUAAUGUGGAGGUGGAACAGUAAAGGCCAACCAUGGUUGGUUGUAGCUGAACACAACUACGGUGAAGGAUCUGCUCGUGAACAUGCCGCUUUGCAACCUCGCGCUUUGAAUGGUCGAAUUAUUCUGACUAAAUCAUUUGCUCGUAUUCACGAAACUAACUUGAAAAAGCAAGGUAUUCUUCCACUGAAUUUUGCCAACGAAGCUGAUUACGACAAAAUUGAUGCUGAAGAUAAAGUAUCUACUCGAGGUAUUACAGGUUUACUUAAUGGCGCUUUGGAUGAGCCCAUUACUCUUAUCGUUACCAAACAAGAUGGCUCUACAGUAGAGAUUCCUUGCAAGCAUACGAUGAGUAAAGAUCAGGUAGAAUUUUUCAGGGCUGGUUCAGCUUUGAACCUGAUUCGUGAAAAAGCUCGUGUUGGUGGAGGAGAACGAAACAUAUUAGAUUCAAUAAAACGACAACCUGGUCAUUACGCUGAUGUGAGUUUAUAUAACCAACAUUUUAUAGUCACCGAAGGUGACCAGUUGAGCCUACCCUUUCUAGCAAAAGGACUGGAGGUAGGAGAUACUAUACGUUUUGAUAAAGUUACCAGGCUGGGCUCUAGGGAUUAUACUAUUGUUGGCAAACCAUAUAUAGACAUUUCUAACCAUACCAUUGAAGCAACAGUAUUAUCACUCCCCAAAAGUGCAUUAAGCGUGCGCGUCAAACACAAGCGUCGUCAUAGACAUGAUCGUGUAAUGAAGCAUAAACAAACCUACACAGUUUUGAGAAUCAACAAAUUAAUCAUUCAUUAA